GUGAUAUCGGCUUCCCCGCUGUUAGCUUCCUCUGACAUCCCAUCGGCUUGGGGUUGUGACUUGCUCUUUUUCUUUGAUAUUCUUCUCUCUUUAGCCUCCUUGAAUCGUGCACCUCCAACAAAAGCGCCAUGGCGGACGCCUUCCAGGCCCGGACGUUGAAACGCAAGAACGUCAAGGGUCUUGCUCUCAAUGCAGCCCCUAAAGCCACCUCCAAUCCCUCCGAUGGUGAUGCGCAGGUCCCUGGCGCCAUCGGGAACACCGAGGCCAACCGCACAGAUACACUAGAAAUCGGUCUCGAGUUUCGCCUCGAUCUUCGCAGCGAGGACCUGGUCACAUUGAAGGAGCUCGGCGCUGGAAAUGGAGGAACUGUUUCCAAGGUGAUGCACGCAUCCACCAAGGUGGUGAUGGCUCGAAAGAUUAUCCGUGUCGACGCCAAAGAGAACGUGCGGAAACAAAUUCUACGAGAAUUGCGCGUGGGGCACGACUGCAACUGCCCCAAUAUUGUGACUUUCUACGGUGCAUUCCAAAACGAAGCGAGAGAUAUUGUGUUGUGUAUGGAAUAUAUGGAUUGCGGUUCCCUCGACCGCGUUUCCAAAGACUUCGGCCCUGUCCGCGUCGAUGUACUGGGAAAGAUUACCGAGUCUGUGCUGGCUGGUCUGGUGUACUUGUAUGAAGUCCACCGCAUCAUGCACCGCGAUAUCAAGCCCUCCAACAUUCUGGUCAACUCCCGCGGUAAUAUCAAGCUUUGCGAUUUCGGUGUCGCCACAGAGACAGUCAACUCUAUUGCCGAUACCUUUGUCGGCACAUCUACAUAUAUGGCCCCUGAGCGAAUUCAGGGAGGAGCCUACACGGUCCGUUCAGAUGUCUGGAGUGUGGGUUUGACAGUCAUGGAAUUGGCCGUUGGCAAAUUCCCAUUCGACCACUCUGACUCUGCCGCUGGCAACCGUGCCAGUGCCGGCCCAAUGGGUAUUCUGGAUCUCCUUCAGCAGAUCGUUCACGAGACAGCGCCAAAACUGCCCAAGAGUGAUGCCUUCCCACCCAUUCUGCACGACUUUGUCGGCAAGUGUCUCUUGAAGAAGUCCGAGGAGCGACCAACCCCGCGAGAACUAUAUGACAAGGACGCAUUCCUGCAAGCUGCCAAGCGCACGCCCGUCAACCUCGAAGAAUGGGCAAUGAGCAUGAUGAAGCGUCACGACCGGAAGUCCUACCUGGGACCACCUGCACCAAAAUCCCUCCGUGAGGCAUCGACCCCAACCUCCAACUCGACCUCAUCCCCAGCGCCCACAUCAGCAACGGGUGCCAAACCCCCACCCAUCAGCAAGCCAUCUCGCACGCCCCAGCAGUCUCCUUUCCCAUCGAACCCAGUAUCAAGCGACCUCCCUCUGAACGAUCCCUCCGCCAACCACCGCUACUACCCUCAGUCCCAGACUAGCCACUACGUCUCCUCGCGGUCUCCUCAACCCCCUUCCCUGGAGCACCUCUCACUGGAAACAAGUGACGACAACGACAUCCGUGCUGGCCGCCACGCAGUGCGUCAGCAUCUAGGAGACCCGGUAUCUGCUAUCGAUGCCCCAUCUCGCCCGUUCAUGAGCCCUCGCUCUGCCAGCUCGAACACUUCCUCCUCUAACUCCCGCACUAACUUGCACUCGGCCACACUGCCUAUGCGUCCUGCUCCUCCAAACGGUGCGCCUCCUGCCCCACCAGUCUCGGCCGGUGGGACUCGGCGCACUCAGCCAGGACGUGAUGCAUAUCAUUAAGCCAUGUACUGGGAUAUGAUAUUUUCUCGUUUAUUCCUAUCUACCUCUCGUGAUGGACCUGCAUAUUUUGAACUUGAACCCGAUCUUGCGUGGUUAGCUCGUUAUUUAUCGGCCAUGGACUUUUCUAGCUGAUUCUCUCGUUUUCCCUUCUGUCUGUGUAUUCGGCGCUUUCUUGAGAUGAAUCAAAACAAAAAAGAUAUGAAGACACAAGACACACUACGCCCCCAUAGCAUUUUCCUUUUCUUUCUAUUUCUCUCGUCAUUUUUGUCUGGCCCUUCAUCAACAUCAACUCGCAUUCCCAUCUACCUGUGGAUAUCCCUCGUUCUGCCAAUGUCGGUACUUUUGUUGGGUUUUUUCUUCUACUUCUUUCCUCAAUGAUUCUCUAC